GUGCGCCGAAUGAAAAUAAGCCGCAGUCAGAUAAAAUCCGAAAGAUAAUUAGUAUUUAGUUCGGGAAGUGUGCUUGAGCCGGCCAAAUGUACUACCGCGGUAUUGCUCGGAAACGGUUUGCAGUGUGCAGUUAGUGGUGGUGAUCUUGCUGCGCUCAGAACUUGGAGUGCGUGAAAGUUUUUCCGCCCCGUUUCUAGGUCAAGUGAAAUCCUCCCGUGCCGGAGACUGCGCCCAGGUGGUCCCUUCUGCAAAUGGUGGUGGUCCAUCGCCGGUGCCGCUGCUGUUUGGUGAGACCCUCGGCUGUCAAUUGGCUGCGGGCCCGGGGGACCGGUGGAAACUCCCCCGGUUCGGUUUCACACGCAAGUGUCCAGGUCAACCCUUUUCGAAAGCUAUCCGAGCGGCGAGCAGCAGAAAUUAAUGUCUUCCUUUUCACCGAAAAUGACUUCCAAAGUGAAUAAUUACUCAUUGACACAGAGCGAUUGGUGCUGGUGGGCUGCAAUCAUAAUUAAGGCCAACAGCAGUAACAACAACUACAACGACGACGACGGCGGCCAAGUCCGGGAACAGCUUCCCCACCGCGGGCCCAACGGGAACGACGCAGACGGGGAAAGAUAGUCCUGAACACGGGAAAGCAGCCUCGCCAUCAGAAGCAGUGCGUGUGAUAUUAGCCCGAGGGUACGAAUUACGCGAAAAUAAAACAGUUUCAGCUCCUCGUGGUUGGUCGUUUUUGGGGCCCCGUCUCGUAAUUGAUGACUCGAACAGAGUGACGCUUUUGAACAACGAAACGAACCAACAUACAAACAAACAAAAAAAAAAGUUCUCCAAAAAACAGUUCCUCGAUUGGGGCACGACUUAAUUAAAAUUCAAUAAAAUUAAUAAGAGAAAAAAAAACGGUGCAGUGAAAAUCUCAGGUGCACGAGUGAACUCAACUCCGACGCGUCGUCGUGAGGAAGCAGUAAGUGGUGACGGGAGGAACUCUCGAUAUAAUCGCUUUUAACGGGCUGUGAUAUUUUGUUGCGAUCGCCGUGGGUUAGUUAAUAAGGGAAGUUCAGCUGCCGGGGGUAAUUGGAGGAAGAAGAGACGGGAUCUCCACCAAGUGACAUACAGCAACUGCAGCAUCGAGAAGCGGAACUCUGGUGCCCUAGCAAGUAGCAACAUGCGUUUUGUGCUGAUUGCAAUUUAUUUGAUAUUAAUUAUGCCCAUCACUGGAUCAUGGUGGGCCGAAGGCAGUAACAUUCUGCUGGAUCCUGCGCAGGUCUGCGAGAAUAGGAACAACAAGAAGGCCAAGCGGUUGACCGGAAAGCUGGCGGAAAUCUGCAAAAAUGACACCUCGUUGAUGAAGGAAAUCAAACGGGGCAUCAGUCUGGGCUUCCGGGAGUGCGAGAACCAGUUCCGGAACAACAUGUGGAACUGCUCGUGGACGAUCAAGCGCAGCAUGCGGCGGAUACUGACCAGAGAUACCCGCGAGACCGCGUUCGUACACGCAAUCACGGCAGCCGGAAUCACGUACGCCGUUACGAAGGCCUGUACGAUGGGGGACCUAGUGGAAUGUUCCUGCCAGAACCACGUCAAAAAGAGCGUCCAGAAUUACCCAAAUGGCGUCGGGGUAGGAGGCGUUGCCGGUUUGGCCGGAGGAAUCGACGGGCCUGGGCCCGGACCUGGUGGGGGAAAAAAUGGCGCCCGAAAGGGUAAGAACGGCGGUGGUGGUGCUGCAGCCGCCGGUCGAAAGGUAAACACACGCAACACCAUGCUGAUUACCUCGUAUCGGAACGUCAAUAGCAAUUUCAACUACAAUAGUCUGGCCGCACCGGGAGCCAAUAAAAGGGAUGUUGUGAAAUCGGUGCCGAGUCCGACUAAACCUGCUGGGAACGGUGGGAAAGAAGGCAGCUGGGAGUGGGGUGGAUGCGACGAUAAUGUGAACUUUGGGUUUAGGAAGUCGAAAGAUUUCUUGGACGCACGGCUGCGGAAGAAGAGCGACAUCCGGACACUGGUGAAGCUGCACAACAACAAUGCGGGACGAUUGGCCGUAAAGCAGUUCAUGCGAAUGGAGUGCAAGUGUCACGGACUGUCCGGUUCCUGUACCAUGCGAACCUGCUGGAUGAAGAUGCCCCCGUUCUCGGAGGUCGGAGCUCGCCUCAAGGAGCACUUUGACGGUGCUACCAAGGUGAUAGCGAGAAACGACGGUCACAGCUUCAUGCCGGAUGAUCCUUCGAUUAAGCUCCCAACCAAACGGGAUCUGGUGUACACCGAGGAUUCGGAUGAGUUCUGUGAACCGAGUUCGAAAACGGGUUCCCUUGGGACACACGGCCGGGAGUGCAACAUCACUUCCAACGGGGUUGAUGGGUGCAAUUUAAUGUGCUGUGAGCGAGGACAGACUCGGAAGCAGGUCGAGGUCAAAAGAAACUGUAAGUGCAGCUUCAAGUGGUGCUGUGAGGUGACGUGCAGCACAUGUAUCGAUGUGAAGGAAGUCUACACGUGUAAAUGAUGGCAUGGGGCAAGAAGGAAUGGAAACUCUUUAGGUGGCAACCCGGCAAGACUGAUCCAAGUGACAAGCAGUGAAGAAACGAGUAUUGUUCUAUAAGUGAUUUUGGCUGUAACGUUUUGUAAAAAAUUAGCAAUCUAGAAUUUGAAAUUGAAUGCAUUAAAUGAAUCAGAAAAUUGUUGUAUUUCGGCGCAGUGUGACUUACCAGAUCUUUGAAUAAGCUUUAAACACAUUAUGUAAGAAUUGAAUAUUACUAAAAACCAGUUUACUAAUAAGUAGAAUAGGCUUGCAAUAUUUAUUGUUAAGUGUGGUUAAACCAGUGCUUUCAACAGAA